AUGGUGCUCGCUGAACAAGUUAAUGGCUAUAAAAUGAUGAUAUCGGAUUUGAACACGAAGAUAAAAGAUUUGGACAACGAGAAGAACAGCUUAGUUUCAGCGAUAAAGAUUUUACAGGAAGGUCAAAAAUGUGAAGAGACCGGACCAUUGAAUGCUGUUAAAAGACAAAUUGCUAAUUCCCCAGCGACAAAAAAACAAUUCAAGCAGAGCGGUAUGCACUAUCGGUAUAUACAAACUCAGAAUCGCUACUCUAUUUUAAGUGAAACCGAUAACGACGGCGAAGACACUUUAACGAGCCAAAAGAGAUCUGAGAGUGGAAUAACUCCAGUUGCAAAGGACACCGUAAUUGUAACACAAAACUCGGGAACGGAAAACAGUAAAGACACGGAUUACAGGUCAUCAGAAAUUGUCCUUAUUGGGGAUUCCAUCAUUAAAAUAUUGACCCAAAAAAGCUUGCAAAGAGGAAAGUGAGCAAAUACACGUAUCCGGGGAUAUCUGCAGAACAAUCAAAGUCAAUUCGACGCCCUCGCACAUAAUUAUUCACGCUGGGACAAAUAAUAUACCAGCUGAUUCAGCUGAGAUUGUGUGAAGAAAAUUGAAAGCCUUGUUCUUAAAACCAAAUCCAAAUUUCCAGAUUCAAAAAUUGGAGAAUCGGGAAUCACGAUGAGACAAGAUAUCGAAGUGGGGCAAAAUAUCAAACAAGUCAACAAAAACUGGAGGAUUUAUCUAAAAAUCAUAACGUCUCGUUUAUUGACAAUUCCGGCAUCAACAACACAUGUUUGAAUGGCGGUAAGCUGCAUCUAAAUCCUAAAGGUUCUGCAUUUUUAGCAACUAAUUUUAUUAGAUUCCUCAAAGGUGAACAACAUGUUAGUCCAAGAAGACCACGUAGAAGUUCCACAGAGGAUUUUCAUGCCAUAGCGAACCAACUGCUGAUGACGUUACUAGCAGGGACCUCUCGAUCGAACACUACGUUAACAAGGUGUGAUCCGGAUCCAGGUAUCUGUGACAAUCUGUUGCGUGACAUAACUAAAUCGAAAGGUAUAAAGAUUGCUAGCUUGAAUAUCAAUAGUUUAUUAAAGCAUAUAGAUGAAAUAAGAGUACUUCUUACAGAGUACACCUUUGAUAUUCUUGCUAUCAAUGAAUCAAAAAUAGAUAACAGUAUAUCUGAUAAUGAAUUACAUAUAUUUGGGUAUGAUAUUAUUCGGAAAGACCGUAAUAGAUAUGGAGGUGGUGUGGUUUUAUAUGUCCGUGAUAACAUACCAUUCUCGGAAAGGAAAGAUCUAAUGUCGAAAGAUCUUGAGAUGGUAUGUAUUGAAAUUAAUAGGCCAUACAAGUCAUACAACAAAUCACUUUUAAUUAAUGCGUGGUAUAGACCACAAAACUCAGAUAUAAAUUUCCUUGAUGAGUAUGCGGAAUUUUUAUGCAAAUGUGAGGCUGAAAACAAAGAGUUAAUCGUCUUAGGAGAUUUGAAUUGUGAUGUUAGUAAAACUCCGCUCGAUAAUCAAACACGAAAAUUACAAUUCCUAUGUUCUCUUUAUCAGUUUGAUCAACUUAUCAGUGAGCCAACGAGAGUUACACCAACAUCAGCUUCUUUAAUUAAUUUUAACUAACAAAGCAGAAAAUAUAUCCCAGUCUGGUGUUGUUCACCUUGGGAUAUCUGAUCACAGUCUGAUUUUUGCUAGAUAUCUGAUCACAGUCUGAUUUUGAUCACAGGCUGAUUUUUAGUGUGAAGUUUCUUCGAAACUUCACAGUAUUGUGAUGACUGGGGGGGGAAUUCACACGAAUCAGUCAGUCAGUCAUUCAUUCAUUCAUUCAGUCAUACAGUAAACUUUCCGGGGGGUGUAUACGAUAUAUGUUCGUAGUGAUUUAUCGUACUUAGUCAGUGCUUUGAAGGUUAUUUAGGCAAUUUCAGUUAACUUAUUUACAUAUUCUGUUAUCCUUUUGCCAAGUUCACAAAAAUAUCGAGGAAUCGCUUUCGUUAUUGUAAUUUUUUGUAAAUUUUAGAACAUUCGCUUCUCAUGUUGUGUAAAGGAUCUUUACCCCGGAACACCCGAUUUUUCUUUAGUAGCGCAAAUGCGCAUGCGCUAUCAAGCCGUAGAUCACGAUGGCGUGACGAUAUGCAAGGAAGGAGUGACAGUGUAGUUUUCAGAUGUAUAAACAUUUCAGACGUGAAUAUUGAGUAAAUCUUUGAAAAUCUACGCAAAAUAUAAAUUGAUCUUAUGCAUUACGGGCGUUCAAUUAAGUUCCGAUAAUAUUUAGACGGUAUAUUCGUUAUACAGAGCUAGGAAGGAGUUAGACCGCCUAGACAGUGCAGUCAAGUGUAUAAACAUUUCAGACGUAAAUAUUGUUAUAUUGAGUCGAAAAUCUUUGAGAUUCUAGGCAUUCAAUUGAGUGCCGAUAUUAUUUUCACGGCAUACUCAUUAUACAGAGGUACAGUACGUAGGCAGAAGCGAGACAGUGUUGUUUUCAAGUAUAUAAACAUUUCAGACAUGAAUAUUGAGAAAAUGUUUGAGAUUCUACGCAAUAAUACAAUAUAUAAAUUUAUGUUAUGCAUUACAGGCAUCAAUUAAUAUGUAAGUGCCCAUCGAUAUUAUUUAGACCGUGUACUGAUUCAUUAUACAUUGUCAUCGACUGUAUAAGGUGCUACAUCACAGAAUAGAUGGCUACACUCAGUACAAAGAACGAAAAAUUGCAUCAGAUCUGUACCAGACAAUAAAGUAUAAACAACUAUUAAACGGGUAAACGUUUGUACGGCGUUUACGAGGAAAAUAACUUGCGAGACUAAAGAAAUCAGUUGAGUCAGAGCUCCUUAUUUAAAUAAGAAAGACGAGGAGAUAGCCAAUGUGUUAUCGCCAACGUGUUAUCGCCAAUCGCUUGGCUCGCCAACAAGCUUUAUGCAAUAGAAGAAAAAAGCAAGGAGGUACAUGUAACCAACGUGUACUGUCACGGACCUUGUUUACUGUCUAGCACAACGCCGUUGUCAACGGUGCAAGCUCGUGUUCAGUGCAACGAUAAACUCUACCAGAUCUUACGAGAAUCAAUCGGUAGUAUUCUGUACACAGAACUGUAUCAAAGCUUGUCAAACCUGCUUUAAUUUAAACACUGCUUAACCACAGUAUAUGAAAACUACAGUAGGGCCACUCAGUGUAAAAAAGUGUCCACAUUGUUUACUGGCUGCCAACCUAAUUUACAUAUUGGCAGCCAGUAAAUGGCAGCAGUUCACUAUAAAAUUGUAUUACAGAGUAAUGAGUUUAGCCGCGUAAAACACCUGGGACCUAGCUUAAAUAAUUCCCACUUUUCUCUCCCCUAAGUGGCCCUACUGGUUGUCUCCCUAUACUGUGGCUUAACUGUGAAACUAUUGAAAUCUAAAGUGACAUUAAUGUAUUCAACACAUGCGAAAAGCUGAAAAUAGACGUGACACUGGGAAAAGUCAAAGGUCAAUGAGACUUGUUAUUGUGAAACAUGUCACAAUUAGGUUAAAAUGCGGAAGCGGAUGGAGCGGGUCCACGGAACGAAUAUGCGGACAAAAUACGGAACGGAUGAGGAUAAAAUGCGUCCUGAUGUAACGACGUAGUGCUUAUUGUUCAUAACAUAUCUUAUACAGCUAUUUCAAUUAUAGUUUUAGAUAAAUUUAGCAUAGCAGUAGCCUCGUGGGGAUGCUUUUAGCGACAGCUGCAAAUGCAAAUGAAAAUUCAGAAUAUGCUAAAUUUGGUUGUUGGUGAAACAAUUUAAAUUUCGAAUUGUCGCGUGUAGCAUCACAAUAAAUAGAUAAAUUGCAUCAGUUUCACAAGGCACGUUUCUGAUGUGUUAGGCUUGUUUCAAACGUCACGCUACUCGUGUGCUGAGCGUAUUAAAAGCAAUAAAUAAUGAGAUGAAAUGCCUUUGGUAAAUGUUUAUUUCGUAGUGUAAGCCAUCAGCUUUUCUAGGUUGUCGGCGACCCUAUAUAGUUCUUGCAGUGUCUUUUUCAAUUUGAAACUUCACACUAUCCUUGGAUCCCUAGUUGAGAAUUUGGUUUGCAACUAGGUUUCAACGCCAUCAUCCCAUUGAAAACAUUAGGUCAGGUCAGCUAGUUUCCUAUCCAUGUAUUUUAUUAUCCAUGAUUAUACUAUCUAACAUUGUGUAAUAUUACAUUGUGUUUAGAGGAGUACGAGUCGAUCAAAGAAUUACUGGUGGAGAUAGCUCCACGUGAAAAUUCUUCCCAAGUUAACCAUUGGAAUACUGGAGGUCAAAUUUAUCUUGAUUACAUCAAGUUAUGGGAGAAAUUUAAUGACAUCAAGGUAAAUAUUGCAUGGCAAUAGACCUUUCUUAUAAUUAUUAUUAAUGUUAAACACUCUCACUCAUUGUUCAAAAGUCAUAAGAAGUAAUUACUUAAAUUAUAUUCUAAAAACUAUGUAAGAUACUAUUUACUCUAAAAUUUAAAUAUAUAAUAUCAAGCUAUUUAUAUAAUAAUCUAGGGUAAAAUACUUAUUAUAGUUAAUACUAUUUAAUUUAAAAUUUAAUCAUGCAGUAAAAGGUGUAAUUCAGUUCUGCUCAUCAAAAAGUUGUUCAACCAAGUAUAACUUCGUAGCUCAUUUUUAAAACGUUCCAAAUUGAAAUUAUGGGUUUUUAACCCGCCAUUCUGGCAAACUGUUCCAUGAACAUUAAGCAGCUCGGUAGCGAAAAGAACGUUGUAUGUAUACAUUUAUAAACCAUUACUGUAUCUCGGAAUCGCAACAUAUAAUUGACUGGUAACCAUGCAGUUAAGCUGAUUUAAGGAUGGCGUGAUGUGAUCAAAUUUUUUUGUGCCAGUGACAAUACGUGCUGCAAAGUUUUCCAUGAAUUGGACCGUAUGGUUGAACAAUAAUAGAGCAUGCUAAAAACCAGGGCAUUUAUUAAAAGAAUUAACAUUUUCAUAUCAAAAACAUGCCUUGCUCUAUUAAUUUGACACAGGCUACCGACACAAGAGGAAACCAGUUUUGUAACGUGUUCAUCAUACGUUAAACCGCUAUCCAGUGUCAAAAUAAUGAUAAACUGACUGCAAUGAUUUCGAACAAGAUAAUGAUCGUUUAUUAGACUCUUUAUGGAGCUGACAUUGGACGAAAUAUCGUUAAAAUUUGGCCCUUGGGACAUCGCAUUAAGUGUUUUUCCGGGUUUGACGUCAUUAUAAGAAAGGUUUAAGGAUGUUGCUCUAUAAUACCAAUAUUCGUUCUGAAAUGGUCAACAGUCUUGUAAAUAAAAACUUCUAUUUAAAAUGAGAGAUUUUUGUAUCAGUUUUAUUGAGUUAAACCCAUUUUAUGACAUCAUUUGAAUAGACCAACUGUUGACAGUAUGCGAAUUUAGGAGCAUGCUAUUUUAUCAUUGCACUAUUAAUUGUUUUAUUGUGAUAAAAAUAAAACAUUCUACUAACUCUGUUCGUUCUUCAUAUUUUUUCAUAGAAUGGCCUGCUUGUACCAAAUGUGUACCAGUUGGAGAAAAUGCAAACUAAAGUGUCGUCGCUCUGUUAUCGAAUCAGUCAACUACCCAGCAAGACAGCCACUGACAGGUGAGUAUGAUGGAUUUUCUUGCGACAAUAAUAACUCUCUCUAAGGAGACAUGUUGUUUUUAAUUUCAAAUGCUAAAGCUGGCUCGCACGUGUGAGACAAGCAAUUAAGUAUAUAUAAGCACUAAGAAAAGACAACACAAGGAAAAAAAACACAUUGCAACACAAAAGAAUUUCAGAGGCAACGUUUUUUUUCCAUUUCUGCUUAUUUCGUCCAUGUGAACCAGACUCCUGUUAUUAGUAUUAGUUAUUAUUGGGUUUUUUUAUACACAUUGUAUUGCCGGCACCUAUCAUUCGAACUUGAAUAUAGUCACGAGAUGAUAUCGAAACGAUAUUCUUUAAGGAGAUUGUUUGAACACGUUAAUGAAUGUAUUGACAGGUAAAAUAUAGUUAGUGCAUGUCUCUUUCAACUCUGCAAGGGGGGGGGGGGGUUACAUUAUAUUAUUAUUCAGCUCACUACCCAUGCAUUGGGGCUUUUCAGUGAUCGAUUACAUCAUGCAAGUAUUACGCUCAUGUUACUUACUCAACAGGAUUUUUAUUUCUAUCGUAACGUCUGGGCUAAUACAUCUUACUACUCAUGAGUGUGAAAUGUAAUUUGUUUCCUUUACAGAUUAUGUCAAUCUGAUAUGGGAACAAUGUGUGCAAACUUUCUGAAGAUCAUCGCCAAAGAACUUGUAAGUGAUCCAAGGUUUUUAAAAAAUUAUUUCUAUGAAUCUGUUUCUGGUCAGCGCGCGCGUCAUUUUUGACUAUGCGCGUCAACAUGUUUUUUUUUUAUGAAAACACUUGAACAUUUAAUAUUAUUUUAUAGUAGUUCUCAUUUUAUUCUAUUAAACAUGUAAAUGUGCUGACAGUUUAACGUUAAGCAUAAAAAUCAAUGUAUGCCAUUUCUGUAAAAAGCGUUUCCUUGAAAAAUAGGGGAGGGGAGGGACCGCGCGUGCACGUCAGACAAUUUUGAACAGACAAACUGACCAGAAACAAAAUAGGUUUUUUGGCGUAAGUUAAUUGUUGUUCAACAGUUACGUUAUUGGUGCAUUAUGAUUAUGUCUAAUCUAUGAAACAUAUUUAUUUUGCGUUUUGUAGGCUGUGCAGUCUGAUGAGUCUGAAACUUCAUAUCACACACACUCAAGUGUACUCGCACCUCACAUUGAAAAGUUACCACUACCAGAAGAUUGCUGUCUUACAGAACUACGUGAGCUUGCUAGUAGUUACAUAGAUGAACUUGCACAACUAUAA